CCGUGCAGCGGCCCAGACCAUCGCAUCGAUCGAAUACGUCCUCGGUGCAGCAUUUCGAGGCUGCCCGAUGGCCGCCAACGCCUUCGCCCAGCGUGGCAGCACCAAGGGCGGUCUGUUCGAAAAGGAGUGGUUCCGCCACCUCGACGCGCGGCAAGAGGUGCUAAGGAAGACCGAGAGCCUCUGGUCCGACCGGUCGAGGCCGCCACGCAAGCCGAAAGCGCUGCCGCCUGCGCGCGCCUGGGCGCCGGGCGACGCGCGAACGCCAGUGAUCAUCGUGACCGGGCCCCUCGGCGGCGGCAAGUCGUCGGUCGUCGGCCACCUGGCCGCGCGGGACGCGCUCGUCGUCACGCACAGAUACUGGCAGGACUGGGGCACCACGCCGCCGCCUCCGCACGACGAUGGAAUCGAUCGCGCGAGCGUUUUCGACUUCGGAAACGCGUGCGUCUGCUGCGCGCCGGACGGGGACCUCCAGGCGCUCCUCACGAAGAAAUCGGCCCGGUCCGUCCUCAUCGAAACCACGGGCACGGCGGACCCGGCGCUGUUCGCGCGAGUCCUCCACCAGGACGCAAUCUUAAGGGAGUUGUACGUCCUGCGGUCCGUCGUGUUCGUCGCCGACGCAAGAGACGUAAGAAAACAGCUGGCGGCCCCGGACAGCCCCGGCGCGCCGAACCCCCACCGCCUCCAGCUGCUGGCCGCGAACCACGCUGUGUUGACUCGCGGCGACGACGACAUUACGCUGCCCGGGUUCGCCGGCACGGUCGACCACGGUCUGCCCGGGCGCGGCGCCCUUGGUGGCUUCGACGCGACGGCCGUCGUCGAGAGGCGAAUGGAUUUCCUUGGCGUUGACCCGACGCGGCCGUGCCGGUUCGUGCGGCCGGUCGUGUCGUUCGCGCCGUCCGACGGCGUGCUGCGGGCCGUGGCCGUCGUGGAGCAGGGCGCGGCGCGCGACGCCGACGUGUUGGCAUUCGCGGAGGAGCUCGCCGCAUCUUCCGCGGUCGCGAGAUUUCGCGUCGCCGCCGACGGCGCUGCGACCGGCGUGCUCCUCAUCGAUGGCGGCCGCGCCGGCGAUGCGUUGCGCAUUGUCCGCCGCGAUGGGGGCGUCGAACCGGACGACGACGCGUCGACGGCGUCGUCCGAGGCCUCGGAAGUCGUCGAUGCGGGCGACUGGCGCCGCGAAGCCGCUCCGCAGCUCCGGCUCUUCGUACUGGGCACGAAGCUCGACGCCGCGUCGCUGCGAGAAGGAUUGCGAGCGUGCCUCGUGCCGGAGGGCUUCCGCUACGCGGCCGACGAGGAACUGGACUUUGGGGUUUGUUCCGACGACGACCCGCUCUCGCGCUGCCUCGCCGGCGCGCCCGCCGAGGCCAAGGACCGUAUCUACACAAACGUCGACGGCGAGUCGAUCGAGAUCGCGCGUGCAGGACCCCGACGGUACACGGCGACGGAUGCCGCCGGCGCUUCCCUGGAAGUCGUCCGGCUGUUCGAGAGCGCGCUAUAUGUUAAGUGA